AUGGCGAGCGAGGCCUUGGUUUGGUAUCAAGAUGGUGUUGAAUCAGGCCAAUUUACAUCAUGGGAAACCUUUGUGAGAUCUUUGUUAAUGCGUUUCGGACCAACGGCAUAUGAUGACCCUAUGGAGGCCCUCACACGCCUCAAACAAACCUCAUCAGUAGCUGCCUAUAAGUCACAGUUUGAAGCCUUGUCAAAUCGUUUAAGGGGUUUGUCCGAACAUCAUAAGCUCAGUUGCUUUAUGAGCGGGUUAAAGGAUGAGAUUCGUUUACCUAUACGGAUGCUCAACCCCAUUAAUAUGGGCGCUACUUUUGGCUUGGCCAAGAUACAAGAGGAAUACCUCUCAGCUGCAAGAAACAUCCCCAGAUUUGGGUUUGCCCAAACUGGAAAUUUUCAAUCGUUUGGCCAACCGGUGGACACCACUUCUAGAAACUCUCGCUAUAUUACUCCCAAGAGAAGAAUCCAAUCAGCCGCAAUGGAUGAGAAGCGCCGGAAGGGCCUUUGCUAUCACUGCGAUGAAAAAUGGAAUCCAACUCACGUAUGCAAAGCCCCACGAGUUUACGUAAUGCAGGCUGAGGAGGAAGGCCAGGUAGAUGGGAUUGUAGUGGAAGAAGAACAGGCGCUGGGUGUAACAGAGUUAGGGGGAACUUCAGCAACAGCACCACUGGAAACAGUGGAAAAAGAACCGGAGAUAUCACUCAAUGCCAUUUCUGGCACUCCGGGUAAUAAUACCAUGCGGCUCCUAGGAAGAAUCGGUCAAGCACAAGUGGUCAUCUUAAUCGAUUCAGGGAGCACUCAUAACUUUAUUGACACAUCAGUACCAGAGAAGGCAAAGAUCGAGGUAGAUACAACCCAACAGCUACAAGUUCGAAUAGCUAAUGGCGACAUCAUCCAAACUGAAGGUUACUGCAGUAGUGUGAGAACCAACCUGCAAGGUACACAAAUUAACCCUUCUUUUUAUGUUUUAUCUUUGGGGGGUUGCGACAUUGUCUUGGGAGUGAGUUGGUUGAUGACUUUGGGCCCUAUUAUUUGGGAUUUUUCCGCUUUAACAAUGCAUUUCGAAUAUAAGGGGAAGAAAAUCUGUUUGAAGGGGCUGAGCCCUUCCGGGUUAUCUUUGGAGGGUAGUCAUAAAGCCCUCUUACAAUCCUUAAGGCGUGGGCGGGGAAUAUUAUUACAGCUGGUAUGUAAUACGCUGGAUAAGCAGCCCAUUACAGUCCCUCAGGAGGUUCAGGAGAUUUUGGAUGACUUUCAGCAAGUUUUUGCAACACCUAAAGGGUUACCCCCCUUUAGAGCUCAUGACCACAGAAUCAUCUUAAAAGAAGGCACUCAGCCUAUUUCAACCAUACCAUACCGCUACCUGCAUUAUCAAAAGGCCGAGAUAGAGAAAAUCAUUUCUGAAUUACUCUCUACUGGGGUAAUACGACCCAGUAACAGCCCUUUUUCAUCACCAGUUUUGUUAGUAAGGAAGGCAGAUGGUAGUUGGCAUCUUUGUGUGGAUUAUAUGGCAUUGAACAUGGAGACAGUUAAGGACAAGUUUUCCAUUCCUGUCAUUGACGAGUUAUUGGAUGAGUUAUAUGGUUCAAUAGUUUUUUCUAAGCUGGAUUUGCGCUCGGGUUAUCACCAAAUCCGAGUCGCCCCGGAAGACGUAUCUAAGACAGCUUUUAGAACACAUGAAGGUCACUACGAGUUCCUCGUAAUGCCUUUUGGAUUGACCAACGCCCCAUCCACGUUUCAGGGCCUUAUGAACACCAUAUUUCGUCCAUUUUUUAGGCAAUUUGUGCUUGUUUUUUUCGACGACAUUCUGGUUUAUAGCAGGUCAUGGAAGGAACACUUGGGUCACCUUCAUCAGGUUUUGGAGGUGCUGAAUAGCCACAAACUUUAUGCUAAUAUGUCAAAAUGCAGAUUCAGGUUACAGGAGAUUGACUACUUGGGGCAUGUUAUCAGUUCAGAAGGAGUUAAAGCUGAUGCUUCAAAAGUGGCAGCAAUGCUGGAUUGGCCAGCACCCACUACUCUGAAAUCUUUGCGUGGGUUUUUGGGCUUAACGGGCUAUUAUCAUGCAGACAAGGCUUUUGGGGAGCUCAAAAAGGCUGUUUCUGAGCCCCCAGUCCUAAGGCUACUAGAUUUUUCACACCCUUUCACUAUUGAAUGUGAUGCAAGUGGAAAGGGUGUCGGUGCAGUUCUAAUGCAAUUCAACCAGCCCAUUGCCUUCAUGAGCAAAGCUUUAAAAGGCAAGGCCCUAUUGCUUUCCACCUAUGAGAAGGAAUUUUUCGCGGUGGUUACAGUAGUUCAGAAAUGGAGGCCUUAUUUAUUGGGCCAGUCCUUCAUCAUUAAGACAGACCAGCAGGCCUUGAAAUAUAUUCUGGAACAAAGAGUGGCAACAGUAACUCAGCAGAAGUGGCUCACCAAAUUUCUCGGCUAUGACUUCACUAUUUCGUACAAGAAAGGAAAAGAGAAUAAGGUAGCCGACGCCCUGUCUCAAAAAAUGGAAGACCAGCUUAGCCCAGCGGGAGUGCUGGCCAUGAUUUCACUCCCUAACCCUGAAUGGAUUGAGGAUCUAAAAGCCAGUUAUAGAGACUCAGUGGAGAUGGUGGAUCUGAUUACCAGAAUUUCGAGUAACUCAAACCCACCAAAGGCAUCCAGUUAA